UUGCGAACAAAACCAAUACAUUUAGUCAAUCAAUAGUAAAGUAUUGUGUGUUUUGGAUAAAAAACAACGAAAAAAAAUGUCCGACAAAUUGGCCGCCAAUUGUUGUUUACCACCGAAAUUGGUGGCCAUUGGCGAUGACAAUCGCGACGAUUAUGACUAUCAAUUGGAUCAACUGAACAAUCGUUUGGCAGAAAACGAGCGGCGAAUCGAAUUGUUGGACGACUUCCGCCGGUUGGCCGAAGAUUAUCGACACCAAUGUCGCUGUCAGGACGGCUGUGGCGGUAUUGCCGACAAAGUCGACCAACUGGUCAAUCGGUACAAUGCUUUCAGUAAACCUACUAUUGCCGACUAUUGUCAUCACGAUAUUGCCAUCAAUGUCAAGACAUCCGAUCGAUCGGAUAGAGAUAUGGCCGCCGCCGCAAACGGUAGCCAAUCAUCAUCGCAUAUAUCGCUAACUAUAAAAACAGUUAAAAUUGAUGGUACAGUAGACAACAACAACAACAGCGGACAAUCAAUUACUGGCCGACCGGCAGAAAAGCGUUCAAACGACGGCGAUAAUAAUCGGCGGCCAAAAAAACUUCGUAAACUAUUACCUAAGUCUGACCCGUAUUUGCUGCUAUCGGACGAAGACAUUGGCUUUAACUUAUCGUUUGCUUCGCCGAAAUAUACACCAAAAAGUAGUCAAAGUAGUAGUGAUGGUCAACGCGAUCCGUACCGUAAAAGUGUUGGCCGACCGAAGAUAAAGUGCUGCGAAUGUAACGUAUCGUUCAAAACAAACGACAAACUAUUAGAGCACAUAAAAUCUGUUCACGAGUCUGGCCAACACAAUGUGUCGGAUUGUCCACCGAGGACGACACCGCCGCCGCCGCUGAUAAAGACAACCACCGUUGUUGUUGCGGAUGACAGUGAUGGUGGUGAUGGUCGACCAACCAAUUCAUUCGGAUGCGAACACUGUACCGAACAGUUCGGUAGCAAUGAAAAACUGUUGGUCCACUUAUCGGACAGUCAUAGCAUCGAAUCGUUUGUCUGUCAUUUGUGUCCAUUCAAGACAAUAACAAGAGUGGCGCUAAACGAGCACAAGAUUGUCCAGCACAAUGUGACCAGAAAUUAUCGCCGCAUCGAUAUAGAUAGUGAUUUGGCUUCGGUAGCCAAUGAUUAUGAUGACGACGACGACAACGAUGACAGUUAUGAAUAUUCGAGUCAAUUGUCCAACGAUUGGUUGAAUCCAAAUAACAGCCAAACAAGUGGUCGCUCGUUGUCAUUGAAAACUACAAAUAAUUUGUUUAAGAAAAGUACCGGUAUUUGUAAUCUAGUGGCUAAUAAAACAAUUAGUAGACAGUUACCAUCAACUGGUCCUAUAGUUGAGCCAAUUGUUGGACAAUACGGUAUACGUCGAAGUCAUGCCCACCGAAACUUUGGUCAACAAUUUGAACAACUAAUCAAAUCGGAAACAUCAUCGACUCAGAUGUUUGUCUAUCACGGCAUCGACGAUGACAUGCGUUGUCCAUAUUGCGGAUGCGAGCCAUACACUGAAAUUCAAUUGGACAGACAUAUACGUCUGGUGCACAAUGAAGUCCAGCCGCAAGUGUGCGAUAAGUGUGCCAUCAAUUUCUAUGUAGAGUCGACUUUCCGCAAACAUAUGCUUGCAUUACAUUCAAAACAGUAAUUGUUUUUUAUAAUGUUUUUAAUUUAC